CACGCCCGCUUCGUACACCAUAGAGUAUGGUUCCGGGUCUGGUGGCUAGAGCGUCACUUCUUCCGCAGGAAGCGGAAGAGCGUUUGGGUGGGCGGCUCUUUGUCGAAGCUAGAGGACCGGCAGGCGGCAGCAGCAACUACGGCGGCGGCGGCAGAACCCAGCAGUGAUGUGGAGGUGGAGACCCACAGGAGCCCCGGACUUCACCUGAGCUACCUCAGUGGUCACCAAGAGUGGCAAGAUAAAGAAAACCCUGAGUUGGGCGGGACCAGGAUGCCUGAUCGGGACAGCUAUGCCAACGGCACUGGGAGCAGCGGUGGAGGCCCUGGAGGUGGUGGCAGCGAGGAGGCCAGUGGGGCAGGAGCAGGCAGUGGCGUGGCCAGCUCAGAUGCCAUCUGUAGAGACUUCUUGAGGAAUGUGUGCAAGCGAGGCAAGCGUUGCCGAUAUCGCCACCCAGACAUGAGCGAGGUGUCCAACUUGGGGGUGAGCAAAAAUGAGUUCAUCUUCUGCCAUGACUUCCAGAACAAGGAGUGUAGCCGCCCAAACUGCCGUUUCAUCCAUGGCUCCAAGGAGGAUGAGGAUGGCUACAAGAAGACAGGAGAGCUUCCCCCACGGCUGAGGCAGAAAGUAGCAGCUGGCCUUGGCCUUUCUCCGGCUGACUUACCAAAUGGCAAGGAGGAGGUCCCUAUCUGCCGUGACUUUCUCAAGGGGGACUGUCAGAGAGGAGCUAAGUGCAAGUUCCGUCACCUGCAACGGGAUUUUGAGUUUGAUGCUCGGGGUGGCGGAGGCACUGGUGGGGGAUCAACAGGCUCAGUCCCCCCAGGACGACGUCAUGAUCUCUAUGAUAUCUAUGACCUUCCUGACAGGGGCUUUGAGGACCAUGAGCCAGGCCCAAAACGCCGGCGAGGUGGAUGCUGCCCCCCUGAUGGUCCUCAUUUUGAGUCAUAUGAAUAUAGCUUGGCUCCGCCGCGAGGGGUAGAGUGCAGACUGCUAGAGGAGGAGAAUGCCAUGCUCAGGAAGCGGGUAGAGGAACUAAAGAAGCAGGUCAGUAACCUGCUGGCCACCAAUGAGGUAUUACUGGAACAAAAUGCUCAGUUCCGCAAUCAGGCUAAGGUCAUAACCCUGAGCUCCACUGCACCAGCGACUGAGCAGACUCUGGCCCCCACUGUGGGCACUGUCGCCACUUUUAACCAUGGCAUUGCCCAGACUCACACGACUCUCAGCAGCCAGGCUCUACAGCCUCGUCCAGUGUCCCAGCAAGAACUGGUGGCCCCUGCUGGAGCUCCAGCUGCUCCCCCAACUAACGCUGCACCUCCUGCUGCUCCACCACCCCCACCCCCACACUUGAACCCAGAGAUCACACCACUGUCAGCUGCCCUGGCUCAAACAAUUGCCCAGGGAAUGGCACCCCCACCUGUCUCCAUGGCUCCUGUGGCUGUAUCUGUGGCUCCUGUGGCCCCUGUGGCUGUAUCGAUGGCCCAACCCUUGGCAGGAAUCACAAUGAGCCACACCACCACUCCCAUGGUGACUUACCCUAUUGCUUCCCAGAGCAUGCGCAUCACAGCCAUGCCACACUGAUGGGGCUAAUGGACACUCCCCUGGUAUAGCCUCCUGUGGCUGGGGUUGAGGAGCCCUUGCCCACUCUCCUAGCCCUCCCCAGCCCUGUCCGAAGGGCUCCCUUGAGAACUAGGACAAGAGACUACAAGGAGUAGUCCUGAGGAGGGGCUGGGUUGGUGUGUUUUCUCUCACCUCCCUUUUAUGAGGGUCCUCUUGUCCAUCUUCAAGCCUCACAGUGGGGGCUUGCAGAGGAGUGCAGACUGAAGCCAGCAGAGAGGAAGGACUGACUGAGGGCCUGUGUCCUCUUAUGGGAAUUUGGGAACAUCCCUCGUCUUGUCCUCUCUUCUACACAGCACAGUUUCCAGCACUGGUUUUGGAAGAAAAAAAUACCCUGCCCAGAGGGAAAGCCAGGAAAGAUUGAGAAGUGGGUGGUCAGGAGAGAAGGCCUGAUAGGAGCCUUCAGACAAUUUGGGUCCUAGUUGGUUGGGUUGGACAAUACAGGAAUUGCUUCUGGGCCCUGGGAAUGCUGGGACCAUAGUGCUCCAGCCCAAAGACUAGGGGAGCAUUCAUUACCCUAGCUUGGCCUGAAAAUCCAUAGGGCAGGGCCCACUACUUUCCAAAGAAAUAAAAGAACAAUUAUUUUUAACAAAUGGAGGCAGUGAAAACUUGCUUAGAUAUUCUGUGUGGAAAAUGGGAGCAGUAAGUAGAUCUCAUGUCAAAAUGGGAUAAAGACCCCAGCCUCACAUAGCUUGGGUAAGAUGGAUAGAGGCCAAUGAAGAAGGGUAGGGACCCAGAACAAGACCAGAUGGGGCUUUGGGGAAGGCACUUUUUGGGGUAGAAGCUUUGGAGCCACCUAGUCUAGUUUAAAAAUAGUCCCAUCUGUUUCUCGUCUCUGUAUGUGCUAUUCCCAGGUUGCCUUAGUAACCAGGGCUCCUAGGGUCAUUUAGUGGGGCAGGCAGUAAGGAGGGUGUAUGUGCUGAAAAAUGGGGAUGGGAUGUUACAUAGUUGAAAGAUCCUUAUUCAAACAGAGUAGGACAGGUGGAAGUUGCCUCUGAGUUGAUGGCAGUUAAUGUCCCUCCUAUCCCAGCCCUUCCUCAGUGGCCAGUUCCUUAAGCCUUUAAGGCUUGGGAGGUCUGGGAAACGGGAGUCCUAGGGACACAAGCCUCAGGGUUUAUCCCUUUCCUCUGUCUCCACAUAGGACCAGAUGUUUUAAAUCUACUUAGUAAGGCCAGGGGCCCCAACAGCCAAACCUCAGUUCCUUCUCAGCUCACAGCUGAUGUAGGGAAAACAACUCAGGUGUCUAGUCUAAUGGGACAGUAGAUUUGGGGGUAGAGAGUGAUCCUGGAUUGUGUUCCCCCUCAUCGUAUCUCCUACCUCUUGCUCUCUUGUCUGGUUGAUCACUCAGGUCACACGUGGGGUUGGAGAUGGUGGGCUAGGUCAAGGGUAGUCAUUAAAAAAAAAAGCCUAAUGACUAAAA